UUAACCAAGGAUUCACAGGUAACAACUUUUCUGACUCCAGCUCAUAAUAUAAAGACAGACCGGAGCAGGUCUGGCAGCUUUACGACGAGCACAUCGCAUAUCAAUAAACUCACACCACGAUGCCGAUCAACCAACCUUCAAAUCAGAUCAAACUCACGAACGUAGCACUCGUUCGCCUAAAGAAAGGCAAGAAGCGGUACGAGAUCGCCUGCUACAAGAACAAACUGCUCGAGUAUAAGGAGAAGAUCGAAACCGACAUCGAUAACGUCCUACAAAUCACCCGGGUCUUCGUCAACGUGAACAAGGGCGAAUAUGCCAACAAAGGCGACCUAGAGAAAUCGUUCCCCGGCAAGAAAGAGGAGGAAAUCAUCGCGGAGAUCUUGGACAAGGGCGAAUUCCAGGUCGGCGAGCAGGAGCGACAUGCGCAAAUCGACCGUGUCCGCAAUGAAGUCAUCCACAUGGUCGCGGGAAGGCUUGUGAACCCUGAGACGAAGCGCGUGUACACCACUGGCAUGAUCGAGAAGGCGCUGGAUCAGCUGAGUUCGCAGAGCUCACACCAGAAGCCAGAGAAGCACGAUGGAUCCGCCGAGGGCGAUGCGGAGAAGGAGAAGGCCGAGGCUUUACCCCAGUGGAGAGGUGUCUUGCCCAAUAAACCUGCCAAAACCCAAGCGCAGCUCGCCAUGAAGGCACUCAUCGCUCACCAACCGAUACCGGUCAUGAAAGCUCGAAUGCGACUUCGCGUAUCAUGCCCUUCGUCGAUCCUCAAACGCGCACCCGAAACCGGACCCAAAGAACAACCUGCGAAGGCACCGUCGAAGGGAAAGAAGGGCAAGAAGGGAGAAGAGCCAGAGGAGGCAGCCGACGAUAAACCGAUUCGCACAGUCAAGGAGACGUUACUAGGCUUCUUUGCCGAGGUGGAAACGCAAGAGGUCGUGGGAGACGAGUGGGAGGCCGUGGGCUUCGUGGACCCUGGAGAGUACAACCUGCUCCGCGACUUCAUUGCCAACCACACCAAGGGAAGGGGGAGAGCGGAGAUCCUCGACAUGGCCGUCAAGCACGAAGAUGAUUGAAUGGAGACACGUCCAAGACAAGGAUGCACGCUGCACAUUCGACCUCACGCUGGCUGUAGCCUCACAGAUAUCCAACACAACUGCCAACAGGGAUGGAUGCUGUCCACAAGCUGCCAAUCCGCUGCUCUG